UUGCCUUUGAAGGGCUCAGUUCUCUUCUGUGCACAUUCGGGGAGAGGAAGAAGAGUAGAUGAUAAAACUCUGACUUGGAGUAAAUCAACAGAAGGGUAGUUUUUAAUUGGCAGCCUUGUAGCAACACCAGUAUUUUCUUUAAAUCUGCUGGCAUGAGCAUAGUACUGGCCCCUGUGGAGUACAGGAUGCUUCAAACAUAGAAAUAGGAAAUGCAGCAAAUGUCAGCAUUAGGUUUUUGCCUGUCUGAGUGCUGAUUUGUGAGCUUAUGAGAAAGACCUUCAAGUGCCCUUCUUCAGGAAAGACCUAGGAUAUCUCUUUGCAACUGCUGAACAUCUCCACACAUUCAUGAGAAGGAUGCGAAGACCGAGCCAAUAGGAGAAGUUACGUGGAAUGAAAAGCGACUGAGGAGCACUGUACAUGGUUCAUCUGAACUAACAGGCUGGAUGUUUUGUGGGGGAUUUCUUUUUUCAGUGAAAACAGCAUAGGGUUAUUUCAAACAGCUACAGUUCUUUUGGAUGAAACAUUGAAAAAUAUACAGUUUAAAACUUAUUUUGAAGAUUUCACCUGCUAAUCUGACCUGCCUAUGUGAGAAGCUGUGCCUUCUUUAUUUGUACUACUCAAACUGGAAACAAGAAAACAGACUGUAAUAUGUAGCAAGAUGUUGUGCCUUCUGUGUGAGGCAUACAAGAAAGUGUGAGGUUAUCUCAGCUUUGUUGAGAAAUUUGGCCUUUUCUGUCCAUUAAGUACAACUGAUUUUUCUUUUCUUUGUAGUAAAACCCAGGUAUUGGUUUCUGAGGAAAAGCACAUACGAUACAAAUAACUGAACUGUAACUAUUUCCAGGUCUUUAAAUCUCUGCCUUUAUUUUUAUCUUUUUUCUGAUAGUGUUUGAAUUGGUCAAAGAAAUUUUGUGCUCCAUUGACAUUAAAAAACAAAAUCACAGUAUCUUUCUGUGCAUCAGAAGAUCGUAAUUCUGAAGAGCUGAUUUUUUUCCUUUGGUGAAUAACUUGGUGAAGAUACCAGGAUACACAUCCAUGUCUCAGCGUCGCUUUUUAAGGGACGGACGCGAAAGUCAUUCUAGGAUCCUACCAAGAGUCAGCCAAAUCCUUCAUGGUAGAAGGCACUCACGAAAUAAUCCACGCCAAACAUGCUCUGAUGAAAUCAUGCAUCAAGAUAUCAUUCGCCUCUAUGCUGCAGAUAUUGAGGACCAGUUAAAGAAGCGAUUUGCUUACCUAUCAGGUGGAAGAGGAGGAGAUGGCUGCCCUGUUAUCACCUUUCCAGACUAUCCAACUUUCAGUGAGAUCCCUGAAAAGGAGUUCCAGAAUGUCCUUACAUAUCUGACAAGCAUCCCAAGUUUACGAGAUGCCGGAAUUGGAUUUAUUCUUGUCAUAGAUCGCAGACAGGACAAAUGGACCUCUGUGAAAGCUUCUAUACUGCGGAUAGCAGCAUCCUUCCCAGGAAAUCUGCAGCUAGUCCUCGUGUUGCGCCCGACAGGAUUUUUUCAUCGAGCGCUGUCAGACAUUGCUUUCAAGUUCAACAAAGAUGAGUUUAAAAUGAAAGUACCUAUCAUAAUGCUGGGCUCAGUAUCAGAACUGCAGGGUUACAUUGAUAAAACACAAUUAACAGAAGAUCUUGGUGGCACCCUGGAUUACUGCCAUAACAGAUGGCUAUCCCAUCGCACUGCUAUAGAAAGUUUCGCCCAAAUGGUUAAGCAAACAGCUCAGAUUCUUCAGUCCUUUGGGACUGAGCUCGCUGAAACGGAACUACCAAACGAUGUGCAAUCAACCAGCUCCCUUCUUGCAGCACACACAGGGAAGAAGAACAAAAUGAAGGAGGAUAUAAGGUUAGCAGUGGAUAAGGGAGAUGAUAUUCUUGGAAGUAUUACAAAACCAGUUACUGAGAACCCUGAAUACAAACUGAAUCAAGAUCAGCUAGACAAUCAAACAACUGUAGAAAGGCUUCUGGCCCAACUGCAUGAAAUGGAGACUGCCUUUGAUCAGUUUUGGACUAAACAUCAGCAAAAACUUGAGCAGUGUCUGCACCUUCGGAAUUUUGAACAGAACUUUAGAGAGGUUAAAGCAGCUUUGGAUAUUGUAUCCGAGAGACUGUCUGCUUUCACAGAUGUGGGGAACAGCUGCUCACAUGUGGAGCACAUUUUGAAAGAUCUUGCCAACUUUGAAGAAAAAUCAUGUGAAACUAUAGCAAAGGCCAGACUGCUAGCCUCAGAGGGUGAUGGUUUUAUUCAAAACAAUCAUUAUGCUGUGGACUCCAUUAUUCCAAAAUGCAGGGAACUUCAUCAUCAAUGUGAUGCCUUUACUACUGAGACAGAACAGAAGAGGAAUCUUCUUAACAAAUCUCUAGAACUGCAUGGCUUACUAGAAAAGUCUAUGAAGUGGUGCGAUGAAGGAAUUUAUCUGCUGGCUUCACAGCCAGUAGAUAAGUGUCAGUCUCAGGAUGGCGCAGAAUCAGCGUUACAGGAGAUUGAGAAGUUCCUGGACACUGGUGCAGGCAAUAAAAUCAAGGAGUUGAAUAAAAUUUACAGAGAGUAUGCACACAUCCUCAAUGAGGACCUAAAGGAGCAUGUGCAGAAGGUAUUCCAGAAGCAAGAAAGCAUGGAGGAAAUGUUUCAAAAGAGACAAGUAAGCCUGAAGAAAUUGGCAGCUAAGCAGACACGUCCUGUUCAGCCAGUUGCACCAAGACCUGAAGCCUUUGUAAAAUCUCCUUGUACCUCUCCAGGUCCUCAAAGAAAUUAUGUAUGCAACUCGGAAAGCGGUGUGCUUCAGAGGGUAAACUACAGAAGAACAAAGGGUGAAAUGACAGAACUCCAUCAAAAUAGGGGAGGAUCUACAAUGGAUGAUGAGGAAAACCUAGCUGUAUUACGACAGCAUGUAAUUAAUGAACUCAUCGAAACUGAACGAGCAUAUGUGGAAGAACUUCUCUGCGUUCUUGAGGGGUACGCUGCAGAGAUGGACAACCCCUUAAUGGCUCAUCUUAUUCCACCAGAGCUCCAAAAUAAGAAGGAUAUUUUGUUUGGGAAUAUGGAGGAAAUUUAUCACUUUCACAACAGAAUAUUCUUGAGAGAACUAGAAAAUUACGUGGAGUACCCAGAACUAGUAGGACGGUGUUUUCUGGAUCAGAUGGAAGAUUUCCAGAUUUAUGAAAAAUACUGCCAAAAUAAACCCCGAUCUGAAAGUUUGUGGAGGCAGUUUUCAGAUUCCGUAUUCUUUCAGGAAUGUCAAAGGAAACUUGAUCACAAGCUGAGUUUGGACUCGUACUUGCUGAAACCUGUUCAAAGAAUAACCAAGUAUCAGCUAUUGCUAAAGGAAAUGCUGAAAUACAGUAAGAACUGUGAAGGUGCUGAAGAUCUUCAAGAGGCAUUAACUUCUAUACUGGGUAUUCUCAAAGCAGUUAAUGAUUCUAUGCACCAGAUAGCCAUUACUGGCUAUGAUGGAAACCUGAAUGAGCUGGGCAAGCUUUUAAUGCAGGGGUCCUUCAGUGUCUGGACUGAUCAUAAAAAAGGUCACUCAAAAGUGAAGGAUUUGGCACGCUUCAAGCCAAUGCAGCGACACCUGUUCCUCCAUGAGAAAGCAGUGUUGUUCUGUAAAAAGAGAGAAGAAAACGGAGAGGGAUAUGAGAAAGCGCCUUCCUAUAGCUAUAAACACUCCUUAAAUAUGGCAGCAGUUGGAAUAACAGAAAAUGUGAAAGGUGAUGCAAAGAAAUUUGAAAUCUGGUAUAAUGCAAGGGAAGAAGUUUACAUCAUACAGGCACCAACUCCUGAAGUUAAAGCUACUUGGGUAAAUGAAAUAAGAAAAGUGCUGACUAGUCAACUGCAGGCAUGCAGAGAAGCUAGUCAACACAGGACACUAGAACAAACACACAGUUUACCUCUGCCAGCAACGUCUUGUACAAGUCCUUCACGGAACAAUGUUAGAAACAUUAAAAAAGUAGAAGAGAGAAAAGCUGAUCUUGCAAGUCCAGAAGGUUAUGGCACCACAGCAGCACCAAAGUACCCUGAGAAAGGCAAAGAUGACUCUAGCUCUACCUCAGAAUGCUCUGCACUGUCAAAAAAGCGCUUUACGCUGCAGGGCUUUACUAACCUCAAGAGUCAGAAAGCUUCUCCUACCAGCCCUGACAAAAAAGCUAAACGACAUGAAGUAGUGAGUGACCCAACUCCUUUUGGUUUAAGAGGUUGGGCUAAGACAUCUCGUUCUCUUGAUGCAUCUGAAGAAAAUGAUGGCUGGUCUAGUGCUGAAGAUCCGCUGAAUUCAUCAGAUGCAGAGGAGGAAGGAGGAGGAGGGGGAGGCGAGAUGAAACUGACUCCUGGUAAAUACACAGUUACAACUGAUUAUGAGAAAGGAGUUUCUGAAGAAUUUACGGUGAAAAGCGGAGAUCUAGUUCAACUGAUUCGAGAAGGGGAGGAUGGACUUUGGUGUGUAAAGAAUCUGAGCACGGGUAGAGAAGGUUGGAUCCCAGCAAACAACCUGCUGAUGCUCAUAGGCAAUUCAAAAUCAGCUCAAUCUUUAAGCAGUUCUGAAUCAGGCACUGCUUCCAGCACUUUGAGCACAUCAUCAAGUUGCAGUGAUAGCUGUAAUGCCAGCAGCACCAGCUUCUCAGACAUUAAGGGCUAAUCCUAAAUUUUCAUCCCAUCUCCAGGGAAGGUAGAAAUCUGAAGUUUGUCAUCUUGUGCAGAGCUUUGAAUGCUCAAGUCUAAUGGAGAACCCCUGUUUUGUGUUGCCAACUCUCUAUUUUCAUCGGUGAUUUUUAGAGGUUCUCACAGAAAAUCCCAAUGAAAAGUGCAUGGAAUGUGAAAUUGUAAAUAAAAGUUAACAGAUUUAAAAUUAGGUCUUAUAGAGACUUCUGCUCUGAAGUCUGAAGCUCCAGAGCUGCUAACAUCAAACACAUUUACUCGUAGAUAUGCAAUCAGGUUUCUUCAGAAGUGUAUCAUUUCAUAACAGCCGGAAUCUAAAUGACUAAACAAAAUGUGUUCAGUGCUAAUUCCUUAUUGUAAAUUAAUGAAUUGGCAGUCACUGUAUGGAACGGGUAUAAGGAACAUAACACUGAAUUUACAAUUUCUCCUCCCCCAAACCCUUUCUCCAAGGAUGUACCUGGAUCAGUGUAGUGAAUGGGACUUCAGAGCAACCAGGAAGUUUGGCCCAGCCAUUUCUCUUGUCUUAGGUCUUCAGGAGACUUUUCCUGCAGUAAAAUACUUCCUAGAGGCUGUGAUGCAGAAAUGACCAAUUCACUGACCACAACAGCAUCAAAAGAAAACACUGUUUAAUCCUUUCCAACCUUUUCCUGUGUGCAGUGGAAUAGCUCUUUUCUGAGGCAUUUUGACCUCUUAAACAAAUUCUUUACCAAGAUCACUGUGUUUACAUAGUCUUGGCGAUUUAGUAUCUUUUUUUCUUUUUUAAUGCGGGUGCAUGAUGAAACACAAAUAUUUGUAUCACUAAAUUUUUUAAUCUGCAAUUGCGUGGUUACCUUCAGCUCUAUCAGUUAAUAUGUAGUUACAGGCAAAGAAAACUAUUGCAGUUGCACUAUGGGUCAAGAGCCUUCAUUCAGACAGACCUCUGAGGGCUAGAAACCUGACAUUUUUACUCAGUAGUAAAGUAAACUGUUUGUUGCAGAUUUAGUCAGACAAAAACACUCACAUUUUUUUUUUCUAUAAAAUGGGAGGACGGGAAAAAAAAUUAGUCAGACUUGUGCUAUAGACAAUUGUAUUUUUUAAAGGAAGGCUAAUGCUAAACUUGCCAUUUUUUAAGAUAUGAUAUAAGACAACAUUGUAAAUUUUCAAGUUGUCAGGUGUUCUUUGCACUUCAUUCUUACAGAUAGUACAGAAACUUUUACUUCUAAUGUAUGGAAUACUGUAUUCAUUCCUUGCCAUGUUUCAAAUAUUUUUACUUGUAUGAAAAUGUUUUAAACUGGUUCAUAUAUAAUAUUACUUGAAAAUAAUGUGGAUGAGCUUCAUUUUUCAAGAGCACUAAGUAAUAGCAAACUAUGGCAACAAGAACUGCUGUUAAUUAUCAGAUCCUCUGAUGACUGAGCCCCAAAUUUUUUUUUUUUUUUUUUCAUUACAGAAAUUGAGAUUUUUAGAGGCUACAGUUUAGAAAACUUAAAGGAGAAACCCUGUAAGGAAUGAUCUUGCCCUUGAGUUGCAAAAGCAACCUUGUCCCAAACACAAUCAAAAUGUAGCUGACUGGUCAGUACAAACUGAAACACUUGUAUGUACACAUAUAUAUGCACGUACAUAUAUGUGUGUGUAUAUAUAUGAGUAUGUGUAGAUAUGUAUAUGUGUGUAGAUAUAAUGUAUCAAUGUAAAAGAUGUAUUUAUAGUCUUCAUGCUGCUGAAUGUGUCACUUUACAAUUCAAAUAUACUUAGAUUUCUUGCAAUACUGCAGUACAAAGACUGAUCAGGGUUUUACUUCAGGCAUCUUUUCCAACAUAGGAAUCCUCUGAUUCUUUUUUAAUUAUCUCAUAUAAUACUGUGCUGGCCAGGAAUGUUAAGUCUGAUAUUUAAUAAUGAAAUGGCAAUGUGCAGAGAUUCAGCUUGUUGUCUUUGUAAGUUAUUUUGUAAAUUAUCUGUAAAAUAAUUUACUUAUAUAUUGCUGUCAUUGGUAGGAUGAGACUGUCAAUGUUCAUUUCUCACUACAGCCUCAUUUCUAUUAUUUCAAUGAUCAUUGCACUUUAAUACAACCCAUUUCACCAUAUCCUUUUCUACUGCUGUUGUGAAUUAGAAUUUCAAAGUCAGAGGUCUCUAUUGUAACUAUGAAAAUUUGAAUAAAUUUCAGCACUUCUUGCUGAAUUCCUUCUA